GCAUCGGAGACGGAGCCGCUGGUGAUGUCUUCAUGCAGUUGCCCAACAGAGAGAGAGAGAGAGAGAGAGAGAGAGAGAGAGAGAGCUCCAUAUCGCUCGUGUUACUGAGGGCAGCAUGUCAUUCCUCGCUUCGGCCUUGCUGGGCCAAGGAUAUGAGGCACUUGCAACUUGUAACUCUGCGAGGGUACAGGAAGGACCUGAUGAGAACGGGAAGGCGAACAAAUGACGAGGGAUGCGUGACAACAUGAGCAUGCCCACCCCCAAGUCAUCCCCAACCCUCCAGCUUCUACCACACUCUCCUCUCCAAAGUUCCUCCAAUUAUUCUCGACGCAACCCCUUCAUGGUUGGGAGCCAACUUCAACUUACACCUAGCCUUGUGGCAAACAGAGGGCUACCCUAGGCAUUCAAUCGAAUCAACAGAAACGCCUCGUUCACUGGCCGAGACAGCAAUUACAUCGCAUUUGGUUCGUAGACAUGCAUCGUCCAUUGCGAAGCGAAGCGACCGUGGACCAAAAAUCAUCCCAAGCGUGCACCACCCACGCCUCACUCUUCCCCAGCGAACAAAAAAUCCGGGGUGGGCGUUCAGACCCUAGGGUUUCUAGGAACAUCAGAAGGACCCUGAAGAUCCCAUCUCGAGAGGCGUCUGCCUUGCCCCAAUCCAAUGCUGGGCCUGCGUGCAACUAGCCGCACUAGCGCGACUGCUCGUUGGCUGCUUUCGAUCC